AUGUCUACUUCUGAGAAACUGAGCAGCUCUUUCAUGGGCUCAGAGACUCAUAGGAUCAGCAUUCAUCCCUCUGUGGCAUGGGUAGACAACGAUUCUGAAGAUGAAGGAAGCCUUAAACACUAUCAAAUGGGGCAAAAGCUCACUGGACUUCAGAGCAAAUCUGUCUCAAGCUGCUCAUCUCCCAAACAAAUACUGAGGUUCCCAGAAUCCACUGAUACCUCCCGUGCACAGCAAGUUGAGGACCAGAUCAAUUAUGAGCAUUUGCAAAAAUUGGAGCGAUCAUUCCGGGAAGCGGACUUAGACAAGGGUGGAGGGCUGGAUAUUAAGGAGUUCCGCAAGGCAAUGAAGAAGAUAAUGGACAAUAUUACUGAAGAAGAUAUUGAUAUCAUAUUUAUGAAAAUUGACACGGAUUGUGAUGGCUCCGUGGGCUGGGAAGAAUAUCUGAACUAUGUAUUGCGAGAGUACAGAGGAAAGGAUGACAUGCUGAAAAGCAAAUCUCCUCUGCUAUUUCAGACACCCAUGAAAAUCAUUCCAGUGAUCCAAGGCCAGGAAAUCAUCAAGGUGCAGUUUUUCCCAAGCCAGGGCCGGGCAAUGGACAGGGAUGAAAAGGCCAAGAAAAGUAGUGGUUGGAAUCUGUCAGGGCGAUUCCUGACGGUCAGCAGGGAUGGAAUCUUACUCUAUUGGAGUGACACGUUCAAACUGCUCCGCACUGUCCAGCUUGACCAGUCUGGACGACGGCCCAGUCAGCAGAUGUGGGUCACUGACAUGGUGUGUCUGUCUAAUAUCAACCUGUUGGCGAUAGCAUCUACUGAUCAGAUUAUUGAAUUCUUUGAUAUCAGUGGCAACAAAUGUGACAGGCUCUUUUCCCUCAUUGAGCUUGACAGCUGUGUUACGGCCUUGGAUUACUGGACAGAUGGGUACAAAGGAGUAUUUUGUGUUGGCGAUGUGAAAGGAAACAUUCUGAUCUUCACCUCGCUGGACGUUCUAGCAAAUGGGAUCUUCAACGUCCGUCACUAUAUAACUAAGCCAGGUGUCUCAGCCAGAAUCCCAGUGCAUCUUCUCCUGAAAGGAAAGGCCAGCCUAUACAGAAAUUUCCGAGUGCCGGCUCUCCAUGGGGACUGGUGCCACCAGAUAAAAUUCAUUCCUCAGCUCAAUCUUGUUGCCUCCUGCUCAGCAGCUGAUAAGAGAGCCAUGGUGCUUACUUCACUUCCACUACAUAUCAUGGGUAAACCCCAGUCAUCAACGAUUGCUUUAAAGAAGGGCAUUCUCUGCUUUGAUUAUUCACCUGAGAUGAACGUGCUUGUGACCGGGGGAUUGGAUCCACUGGUUAGAAUAUGGAAUCCAUUUGUUACCAACAGCCCCAUAACGCUGAUGAAAGGCCACGUUACUGCUGUGACUCACAUAAUAGUGAAUGGAAAGAGAAACACCAUCCUCAGCAUCUCCAAAGACAAAAAUAUCCGUGUUUGGGAUUUGCUGGAUCACUUUUGUCUCCAGUCCAUUCCUGGCAGGAGUAUCUCAUUAGGAAAUUGCUCGAUUGUUGAUGCCUAUUACAGCGCGUUAAACAAUAUGCUUAUCUGCACCACCUUCUCCAUUGGAAUUUUCUAUGGAGAGGUAGAAUUCAUGGAAACCAUUAACUCAGAAGUCACGUCCCAUGACCAGCCGCUAUGUACAGCCCUGUAUAACAGGAACUUCAAACAGGUGGUGAGUGGUUGCCAUCGUGGGAUGGUCAGAGUUUGGGAUAUCAUGACUGGGCAAAAGAUGAUGCAGUUUACGACCUCCGACGGCAAGCACACUGAAAUAACAGCAAUGGCUUUUGAUGGGCCGGAGAGACGCCUCAUCACUGCUUUGAAAGAUGGGACGAUCAAGUUCUGGAACUUCAACAAUGGGGCCUGUCUGCUUGAGAUGCCUCACUUGGAUAAAACAGAGAUCAGUGGAAUUCUGUAUAUCAAUCUAAAGAUAUAUGUGACUGGCUGGAGUAAAAGAGUUACAUGGUACCUAGAUGUUAAAGAAGAUGAGGUAAUUGAAUACAAACACUGGAAAUCCUACCACUCAGAGGACAUCUUAUCUAUCGCCAAAUAUAACCGUCAACUCUUGGCUACUGCCUCCUGCGAUGGAGAUGUAGUGAUCUGGAGUACAGACUCGGGACAGGCACUCUGCAGGUUUAACGCAUCCCAGAGUCCUUUGACCCUUAUGCCAAACAGGGUGUUUACUGAGAGUAAGGAAGAUCCCAGCAGAGGAAAUAUCCCAAAGAAGCCAUCAGUAUCCGUAAAGCUCAGCUGUUAUGCAGAGUCUGGGAAAAAGCGCUGGGCAGACUCGAGGACUAGCUUGGCAACUAGGCUUUCAACUACCGAGAAGCCUUCCGUUUCCUUUUUUGGCCAAUGCAGAAAUUUGGCUCCUGCUCCAUCUGUUAUAAGACCGUCCAGAGAAAAGCAACUGGAUGAAGCUACAAGGCAGCAGGCAGUCCAGCCUCCAGGAGGGGAAAAUACUGACAUAGAAAGUGAUUCUCCCAAAGACCAAGAUGCUGCUGAAACCAGCACCCAAGAGCAAACCUAUCCAAAUUGGCAGGAAGAGUUGAAGGGCCUCCCAGCUGCUGUAGAAAAGAUACUUUUCCUGGAGACACGUGAGCAGUCUCCUGACACAGCCAUUUUGCUAACCAGCUCUGCAGGUGGCUACAUCUAUGCCUGGUCAGUCAGUAGUGAAGGGGGGAUGUUGGGCAAAUUUCAGGCAGUACAUGGUGAUGAUGUAAAUGCAGUAGUCGGUACCAUGUCCACGGAUCCAGAGGACUUCAUCUUGUUGACUGGAGAUUCCCUAGGUUAUAUUAAGAUCUGGGAUAUCGAGAAUUACUGCAAAUCAAAAGAGGUAAAGAAAGUUUCCAGGGCAGGAAAGACAGAAACAUCUCGUAGAAAUGAGAACAUGUUUCGUCACCUAAUCCCAAAAUACUGUAGAGUUCCUGCCAGAAAAAAUCCAUCGAUGGAAACUAAUGAGGUCCUGGAUGGCUGGAGUACCACCCUCGUCCCCCCAGAUCUUCUGAGCUCUUGGAGGGGUCAUCUGAAGAAUGUAUCCCACAUUGUGUAUGUGGAAAAGCUCAGACUGAUUGUCACGUCCAGCUAUGACUGCAACGUCAAACUCUGGAUGCUCUCAGGCAGGCACAUAGGGACCUUUGGGCAGUCGUUGUGGAACGUUGGGCUGCAGUAUCUGAGGCCAGCUGAGGUGCCAUCGGAAAUCCGAAGAGUUGGUUCCACUCAAACCCUGAAAGUGCUCAAUGAGGGCAAGUUCCCUCACUGGGAAGGUACUCGAAGCAUUAUGCACACGCUUAGCCAGCAGAGGAGGCAGCAGUCCAUGAUGACGAAUUUAUUGCCAGGAAAAUCAGGCCUAAUCUCAGAUGUUAAUCUGAACUUUCAAAAAAUGAUCCAGAAAGAGAAGCGACUCACCCGUUACAUGGAUGAACAAAUUGAGGCUGAGUGGCACCAGUGGGAAGAGAAGGGGAAGCUGAAGAGUGAGAUCCUGGGCUCCUUCUACAAGCAAAAAGUGAGGCGUCCUUUGUCUGAAUUCCUCCCAGAUGUAAAGGCCUGUGUUACCCACAAAGAGCAGCCCAGGGUCUAUCACUGUAUCCAGUAUGCCGAUCUGCAGGAUGUCACUCCUCCUCCAGUUCCUGAGAUGUUGGUAGAGAUGCAACAAUUUCAAGUAAACUUUAGGAGAAAAUCAAGGUCAGGAAAAAGCUUAUCUGCUGCCAUUUCUCACAAACUAAAUCUGAAAACCUGUCAACAAAGUAAACUGUCUUCACGCACAAAAGACUGAACUUUACUGAAAGAAGCUCAUCUGGUCCUUUGAAAUAGAUUGACCUGCAACAGGAAAAAAAUGUGUAGGAUAUGUGAAAAAACAAACUCUGUUUUCUUAACAGAUGCUAGCAUCUGUACAAUAUGUAUGCAUCAUUUAUAGUUUGUAAUAGUCUUAGACAUUCUAGCCAUCUGUUUUUAUAAGUAUUAGAAACUAUUUCUGAACAGGUAACGUAUUUGAGAAAAUGCUGGCUCUUGCAAAUAAAGGUAACAUUUAUUUUA